ACUGAUCUCCUCACAAAAAAAAUAAAUAAAAAAUAAAUCUCUUAGGGGAAAUCUAGCCUUUAAUUUCUAAAGACCUUUUAUACUAAUUGGCCAUCAUAAGUAACCAUAUUCAAAUCAAUGCCUAUUGCAUCAGAAGAUCUGUAAAUAGCUAUUUCUUUUGUUAGAAGAGGCCUGCUACUUUUUUGAUGAUUCUGGUAAAUUCGUUAUCUUUUUUUAAAAUGAGAGAGAGAUGUUAAAUGUCAUGCCAGAUCCUUAGUGGACUUGCUUGGUGGGAAAAAAAUGAUGAGGUUUAGAAAACUGGAGUCCAUCUGUAACAAGACUAUUAGCAACUGAAUGAAAAGCUUACACUAAAUACUACUAUUAUUACAGCAACUUAUUUUUCCUGUUCUCAUCUUUGUCUUCAGUCAUUCCUAGUUGCAUUUAACAAGAGAGAUUCUGGAACUUUAUCAUCUCAUUGCUAACGGAGCCAGCACUGGCUAUCUCACUGUGCAUCAUUCUCCCAAAUUGGCCUUGAUCUUCUCCUGAAAUAAGUUCUCAGAUGAGCUCCAAGAGUCUCUCAGGUGUUCUCAUUAUUUUUAAACUUUCAAAGCAAAUUUGUCUAGAAUCACACAUCGGGUCCUUUGUGAAGUUAUUUCCUAAAGAAUAAACUUCACCUUUCUAUACCUCUUGUUUGAUAGGUUAUCACAGUGGUAAACUGUUUCCUAAUAAAAAAGACUUUGAAUGAUAGUCAUUGCAUUGCGUUUGGAUCCCUUUAACACAGAUAUUUUGUUGGACAAAGCAAGAAGCUAUUGCUUUUCUUUCUUUUUCUUCCUUAAUCAAAAGUAUUGCCCAAGCUUUGUAUCUUGCAAAUAUAUAGAGGGGGCUAUUUAGUUGGGAUGAGCAAUAUAGAAAACUAAUUUUAUUUGUUUUAUGACUCCAGCACCUAUGAGAGUGUCUGAAAAAAUGAACACCAGAAGGAUAUGGCGCUAGCCAGUAUUUGUAGCAUCUUGAAGGCUGUUGAAUUGAAUUCCUUUUGCUCAGCUGCCUGUCCUCUGAAUUUACUCCUAGCACUGCUGACAGUCAUGCUGCAGUUUCUACCUGAGAACUGGGUUGGCAGGAAACCCUGAGGCAAUGAGGACAUGGCCCACCACCUAAUUUAAAGACGCUGCAGACGAUGCGGAGUGGCGAGCCGGCGGUGACCAUGGACGAGAGCAGCGGGCCGGCCGAGGCCGCGGCGCAGGGCGGCCCGUGCCCGGCUCCCGCGCCUCCCGGCCGCCUGGGGGCGCCGUACUCCGAGGCCUGGGGGUACUUCCACCUGGCGCCGGCGCGCCCGGGCCACGCGGCGGGCCGCCGGGCCACCUGCCGGCUGUGCGGGGAGCAGGUGAGCGGCGGCGCGGGCCUGCAGGCGGGCACGCCGGCGCUGUGGGAGCACCUGAAGAGCGCGCACCGGCGGGAGCUGGAGGAGGGCGCCGCCCGCCGCUCGCCGCCCGGCCCCGGGCCCGCCGCGGCCGCCGAGGGCGAGUGGGCGCGCCUGCUGGAGCAGAUGGGCGUGCUGGCCGUGCGCGGCAGCCUGCGGGAGCGCGAGCUGGCGCGGCGCGAGGCGGCCGUGGAGCAGGGCGAGCGCGCCCUGGAGCGCCGGCGGCGGGCCCUGCGGGAGGAGGAGCGCGCGGCGGCCCGGGCGCGGCGGGAGCUGCAGGCCGAGAGGGAGGCGCUGCAGGCGCGGCUGCGGGAGGUCAGCCGCCGCGAGGGCGUCUUGGCCGCGGCCGCUGCUCCGCCGCAGACUCCGCUCAAAGAGGAGCCCGACGGGGAGAGGGACGGCUACCUGAUCACGAAGGUCCUCCUGUAGGUUCCGGCCGCUCCCACCACCCCAUGCCAGCGCUACUCCAGUGUGGUCCGCGGACAGCGUCUUCAGCAUCACCUGGGAGCUGAAUCUCAGGCCCGAGGCCGCCCUGCGGAAUCGGAAUCUCCAAAUGUGGGGCUUUGAGAAGCACUUCGGAAGCUAGAGUAGAACCCAAAGUCACUUCCGCUCUGGGGGGCCCCGGAGCGCAACCUCCGGCAGCCUCCUUUGCUGUGGGCGUCUAGUGGGCAUCCGUGUGGGGCUGGGCUUCCUCCGAGUGCCUUGGGGAAUGGGCGCUCCAGCAGCCUGUGGGCCCAGAUCACCCAGAGCCAUGGCCACCGUGCACCUGUGACUUCGAAGGACAGAAGCUUCCUUACACACCAAAGACUAUCACACCAUGUGCCUGUACACCAGCAGGGCAACCCAGGGUGGAGCGUGCAUGGAAAUGAGGACAAAGCAUUUUAUCCAGGAGAGUUUCACUCAUUUCCUAAUGAGUGAGUCUUUGAUGGGUAGUUGUUGCCCAACACGAAGUUCUGAAAAGAGGGCCACUGAUUACCCUCCCCAUCUCUGUGCCUCCUCAAGGCCGUCCCAGAGAGGCCCUCUGUUACUCCCCAAAAGGCCAAGUGCACCCUCCCUCUCCCCAGCUUGUCUUCUCUCCCCCAUCCAGACCUCCUGGCUGCUGUGGUAAGCCUCCCCACUUUUCCACCUCACACCUCCUGCCGCAGGACUAGCAAGACUUGACCUCAUCCUCUCGUUGGUGGGAGGAGCGCUUCCUUCCCCACAAGUCUCCACAGCCCUCACUUGUGGGCCAAAGGAGAAGGCUCCCUGCCACCUAAGGCCACCUCUUCCUCUCACUGGGCCUUUGCUCCAUUGGUGUUCCUCCUUUCCUCUGUCUCAUUCCCUCCCUUUCUCCAGACUCUUCCUCUUCCUCAGCAACACCCAGGCUCCGUUGUUCUGAAAAGAGGAACUCCCCCAGCCUGGAUGCUCCCGACGGAACAGCAUUCAAGGAGGGUUGAGUAGACCUUGCUGCUAUACUUCCUCCCUAUUCUUUACUCCUUUACUCCACGGUCAGCUUUUCAUGCUACACUGGACUCUGAGAGGCCACCACAAUCUCCCAAUGGCCAAAUGUGAUGAUUUAUUUUCAGCCUUCAUUUUGCUCAAUCUCUCCCUUCUUGAAAUUUCUCCUUUGGUAAGUGGAAUUUGCUUUUCCUCCACAGAAUUCCUUUUCCUGAUGUAGACUAGUUCUCAAACAAUUUUUCUUCAGGUCUCUUUUUUUCUCAUUAUUUUAUAUUGAAAAUUUUCAAGCAUCCAGGAAAAGUUGAAAGGCCAGUACAAUGAAUAUUCAUAUAAACCCUCCACCUAGACUGAACAAUUGUUAACAUUUUGCCAUAUUUAAUUUUUUUGCCCUGCACCCCAUAUAUGCACGACAUUUCAUCCCUAUUUCAGCAUUUAUCUCCUAAAAAUAAAGACAUGAUUCUACAUGAUUACAAUUUCUUAAUAGCCUCUAAUAUAGAAUCCUUAAUCAAAAUUCCCCAGUUGUCCCAAGAAUGUCUUUUUAUCUUGUUUUAAAAACAACGUCCAAUCAAGGUUAUACAUUACUUUUGAUUCUUACUCUCUAGUCUCUUUUAGUCUAGAACAACCCCCUUACUAUUUUUUUCCAUGACAUUUAUUUUUGAAGAGUCCCGACCAUCUGUCUUAUAGAAUGUCCUAUAUUCUGGAUUUGUCUGAUUGUUUCCUUAGGCUAAUUUGUGCACUCACUCUCAGCUCAUCCGCCUGUAGAGCUACAGUCAUCUCUUCUGUGCCAGUGACUCCUGAAUAAUCCAGCCAUGAGUGUUCUCUUGGCUUUGACCUUCAUGUGCAAUCAAUCCCCCUGCUGCAUGUCUCACCUCUGCUUGCAUAACCUGCGGCUACAGGUGGAACGGAUGAAGCUGUUCAACUCUGUGUCCCUACCCCUCAUCCAAGAACUAAAAUGUAUCGAGCACUUAAAUGUAUCGAGCACACACUGCACAAUUGACAUGUAUUAUCUCACUUGAUUCUCAUAGCAGCUCCAUGGGGAGGUAUUAAUACUAUGCCCAUUUUACAGCUAAGGAAACUGAGAUAGAGUUAAGUAGUUUGUACAAGGUCACAGCUGGUAGGUAGAGCUGGGAUCUGAAUCCAGUGUCUACCUCCAGACGCCAUGCUCCCAGCUGCCGUACUGUCUCCCUUGUUACUCAGUCACCGGGCUGACACCUGUUUCCUUCCUAACUCCAGUUCCAGGUAGUAUCAUCAGUGACAUAAACAUGUACAUGGGCCAGGGCUGUGCUAAAUGCUUUACAAGUAUUAUUGCCUACCACGCAGCAACCACAUGAUAGAACUGCUGUUAUGCCCAUUUUAUAGACAAGGAGACAGGCCCAGGGGAGCUUAAGUAAUGUCUUCACAGUCACACAGCUGCUAAGAGGCAGAGUGGGAUUUGAACUCUAGAUCCUAAGCCCCUGAUCUACUGAGUGUAUUUCUACAAAAUAUCACACCUGUCUUCCUUCUGAUGCCACCUGCCAAGCACAGGCCCCAUUUAUCAUUCAUCUGGGGUUCAUCUUCCCAUCCUUGUCUUCCUCCACUGUCCCCUGCCUAACACUCAGCUUGGCCAAAGGAACUGUCCCAAGCCAACAUUGAUCAUACACGUUUUCUGCUCAAAAGCCCCCCAAGAUCACCCAUCAUCUACAAGCUUGGCCCUUGUGGCUUGACAUUCAAGUUCCCCCGCCCCGUGCCAGUCUUAUCUGUCCCUCCUUCGUACACUGUAAGCUCCAGCCAAACUGCACGCCUUGUUCUUCCUCACAUGCCCUGGUCUUGGCACCUCUAUGCCUCUGUUCACCUUCCUUCCACUUAAAAAGCCCCUUCAAUUCUGAGUAUGAGAAAUCCCACCAUUUUCUGAGACCAAGCCCAAAUUCAACUGCCUGCAUGAAGCUUUCCUUGAUUCCUCCUUGGUUAGUCGAUUCCUUACUUCUCUGACUUGCAUAGCAUUUUUGUAUCUCACAACCCUUAGAACAGGCAAUCUAGCAUAGGGCUUUAUGGGUUCUUGUAUAACUCCCUUGCCAGAGCUUGAGGCUUUGGAGACAGGGAUGGAGUUUACUCCUUCUACUCCCACAGUGCCUUGCAGAUAAUAGCUGCUCAAAUAUUUGAGGCAUUUAACCCACUCAAUGUGUUUAAGAUUUUACAAGUUAGCUUUCCCAUAGUUACUAAUAUAAUUAUUCAUUUAAUUCUGAGUAGAAUUCAUAACAGAAAAAAAUAGCCUAAAAGGAAAUAGCAGUAAUAAUCUUUUUAAAGCUGUUUAGUCAAUAAAAAUUUAAGAAGUGUCAGUUAUUGGGUUGUUUGAUUUGAAUCCCAUCAACUGUUCUAGUAUGUCAUU